CUGAGUGAGUGUGUGUCUGUGUGUGUGUGGAUGGAGGAGGCAGAGCCAAACACACACAGACCAGGACCACACCGACCGGUCUGUCUCCUUAAGAUGCUGGAAUAACGGCGAGAAACGAACAUCUUUUGAUUGUAAAUCGCGACCAGCUCACUUACUGUCACCAAAAUGUCUGGAAAAAUAGACAGUAAGCAAGAAUCCCAGCGUUCUCACUUGACAUCAUUUACAAUGAAACUAAAGGACAAAUUCCACUCUCCCAAAAUCAAGCGGACACCAUCAAACAAAAAGUCCAAACCACCACCAGAACAGCCCGUGAAGUCCCCAGAGAAGACCGUGACCAAGAGUCUGAGUCGAUUAGAGGAGCAUGAGAAAGAAGUGGUCAGCGCUUUGCGGUACUUCAAAACGAUUAUCGACAAGAUGGCGGUGGACAAGAAGGUCUUGGAAAUGCUUCCUGGUUCUGCUAGCAAAGUUCUGGAGGCCAUCAUGGGCUUGGUACAUCUUGAUGGCAAGAUACUGAGCAGUUCAAAAGUGGCCUCCUGUCUCAGUCGACUCUAUCAAAGUCUUGCAAACCUCAUUCGCUGGUCUGACCAAGUGAUGCUGGAGGGGUUGAAUUUGGAAGAUAAAGAAACAGUUACAACUGUCACCACUGUGAUCAAAGCAGUGCUGGAUGGUGUGAAGGAGCUGGUUAAAGUCGCCAUUGAGAAACAGGAGCACCCCUCCCCUACGACACCUGUCAAAAUCUUGCCUCCUGUUGCCAGUCCACAACGUGUUCCAGAGCCCCCUGUCGUUGAGUCGAAAGAAACCGUCUUGAAUGAUACUCCUACCCCCGCUGAGGUCACAGAGACCCAUUUUCCACCGGCUCUUCCCCCAAAGAAGCGUCAGUCGGCACCGUCUCCCACAAGAAUUGCUGUGGUUGCGCCAAUGAGUCGUACCACAAGUGGAUCAAGUCUUCCUAUUGGUAUCUGUCGACAGGAAUAUGAGGCAGAUGCCUUACAGAGGCGUUUUUCAGGAGGCAGUCACUCCUAUGGAGGAGAAUCACCACGACUGUCCCCAUGUGGCAGCAUCGGCAUAUUGAGCAAGUCAGAUGAACAGCUGUCAUCUUUGGAGCAGGACAGCGGACAGUGCUCUCGUAACACCAGCUGUGAGACUCUAGACACAGCGGAGAGCUACGACCCAGACUAUGACUUCCUGCAUCAGGACCUGUCUAGCAUCGACCAGAUCCCUCCCGCACACACAGGGGGUUGUCUGAGCCCGCUCCCCGAGUCUCACAAUGAAUCAUCUUCCUUCCCUGUUCAGCUUCAAUCGAUACCGCCCGUUCUCCCGAAGAAGGAACGGCGGCCCCCUCCGCCUCAGGUGGAACGAUUGUACUCUCAAUAUGACAAUGUUCCUGAUGAGGACAUGCAGACCCCACCAUUCCCCCUAUUUCCUUCAAUGCCACCCUCGAACCCUGGAGAAUUUAUGGGACACUUUGGCCCUGCUGAGAACGCACACAUCCCUCAGAGCCCUCCACCCCUGCCGGAGAAGAAGAGUCGCCAUAUUCUGAAGUACAUGCAGUUUAUGGAGGACUAUUCUGAGCCGCUGCCUUCCGUUUUCUACCAGACGCCUCAGAGCGAAAGCAUUUACGAGCAGCGCAAUAGGAAGCGUUUUCAGGAAGUGUACGGUCUCAGUGACUCUUUCAGCAGCAGCGACGAGACCCUCCCUCCGCCAGCGCUGCCACCCAAACAGAGACAACUGGCUUCCUCACACUCUGCGUCUCCUUCCUCCUCCUCUUCCUCCUCUCUGUCAUGUCAGCUGCAGCAGUGUGCGUCUGGGCCUGGCCCUGGUGAGACAGAAACCGCUCUCACCCUUUCCGCAUCUAACUCCUCUCUGAACCGCCAGGGCUCCCUGCCUGUCCCUACGAGCGAAAGUGCUAAUGAUGAAGGUGGGGAGGGUGAAUACGUCAAUCUGUAUUCAUCCAACCAAGCCAAUGGAGAUGUGACUCUCUCCAGUGGAGACUCUUCUUGUGGUGCUGAGGACUCACUCCAGGACUCGGCUUCAGAACACAGCAAAGAUCCAGCUGACAGAGAGGGCUGGAAGCAGAAGUGUGUGGACUCAGAGUUGACUUCAGAAGACGUGGAUGAGCUCUACCUGAUAGACCACGAUGAGAUAAUGUCUCGGUUAACAUUAAAGCAAGAGAAUGAUGACGGCCCUGAUGUCAGAGCUGGAUCAGGCGAUAUUUUAUUAGUUCAUGCCACCGAAACAGAUCGCAAAGAUCGGGUUUUAUACUGUGAAGCUUUUUUGACCACAUACCGAACGUUUCUAACCCCAGAGGACCUAAUUAAAAAGCUCCGCCAUAGAUUUACCAGAUUUUCUCUCAGCUCUGACAUUAUCAAACAACGAGCUAGUAAAAACACAUUCUUCGUGCUGGUGCGCGUCGUGGAUGAGCUUUGUUUGGUGGAGCUGACAGAAGACAUCCUGAAGCAGCUCAUGGAGCUUGUGUUCAAUCUGUUGUGUAACGGUGAGCUCACCCUGGCCCGGGUUCUGCGCAAGAACAUCCUAGAUAAAGUCCAGCAGAAGAAGUUGCUGCAGUACACUAAUUCCCUCAAAACGCUGGCUGCACGAGGUGUGGCCGCCAGGCCCGGCACUCUGCACGACUUCCGUAGCCAUGAGAUUGCAGACCAGCUGACUCUCCUCGAUGCAGAGCUGUUUUAUACGAUAGAGAUCCCAGAGGUGUUACUUUGGGCAAAGGAACAGAAUGAGGAAAAGAGCCCCAAUCUGACCCAGUUCACAGAGCACUUCAACAACAUGUCAUACUGGGUUCGCUCCUUAAUAAUCCAGCAAGAGAAAGCCCAGGAUCGGGAAAAACUACUUCUAAAGUUUAUCAAAAUAAUGAAGCACUUAAGAAAACUCAAUAACUUCAACUCCUACUUGGCAAUAUUAUCAGCGCUGGAUUCGGCGCCUAUCAGAAGACUGGAAUGGCAGAAGCAAACAUCAGAGGGUUUGGAGGAAUAUUGCACUUUAAUUGACAGUUCCUCCUCCUUCCGGGUGUACAGAGCAGCUUUGGCAGAUGUGGAGCCUCCAUGUAUACCAUAUCUAGGUCUCAUCCUCCAGGACCUAACUUUUGUGCAUCUUGGGAAUCCUGACCUCAUUGAUGGAAAGAUCAACUUUUCCAAACGCUGGCAGCAGUUCAAUAUCCUGGACACUAUGAGGCGCUUCCAGCAAGUGCACUAUGACCUCAAACACAAUGACGACAUUGUGUCAUUCUUCAACGACUUCAGUGACCAUCUAGCUGAAGAGGCAUUGUGGGAGCUCUCUUUGAAGAUCAAGCCUCGCAACAUCACUCGCCGGAAAACAGAACGAGAGGAAAGGACGUAGCUUGCUCGGCUAGAACAACAAACUGCUUUUAAAAGCCACUCUCCUCUGAAGUUGCAAGACACAGCAAUCACAAAUUACUGUAAUGGCAGCUACGAGACUGGAAACGAUACUGUAUUUCUGUUACAGUUUACUGAAACCUUUUUAUUUAUUUAUUUUUUGCAAAAAAAAACGUGAUUCGAUUUUAUUUUGUAAUUGCACUGCGUCUGAACCUGUGUGUAAAUUUGAAGUGGAACAGUGGCAAGUGAGAAGACAGAAAACAUGACUCUAUGUCAGAUUACGGGGUUUGAGAUCGUAACCUGGGAUUUAUGGUGAUAUUCCAUGACCGUCUCGCCAUCUGGAUGUUUGCGGUGCAAUCUAGAAAAACAACUGCGACUCCAGCUGCAAACUAAUACCAUGAUGCCUCAGUGGGCACUUUGGAUGUGGAAGUUCCUUGAAGACUGAUAUUUUUAUUUAUUUAUUUUGUAUGUUACAAAUGCACAUAAAGACUCUUUGGGUUUAGGGGGAUUGCUGUAAAUUCAGCUGCUGGAUUGAACAGCUUGAAGCAUGUAUGAUAAUAGGUCAUUAUGAGGAGACACAGUCUCAGUAAUUAAUAGCACUCAUCAGGAUUUUGUUGCUUAUUUUCUGCAAGAUUAACACAGUAUCCAGCUGAACUCAAAAAGGAGCUUUUCUGGAUUUGAUUUUGUUACUAAAAUUCUUUGAGCAAGAGUGUGCCAAUUUUAAUGUGUAUCAAGUUCCCGUUUCCCACAUGGGAUAAUUCAGACUCUUUAUCCCACGAUUUGGACUUUCUCACAGUUC